AUGUCUUCGAUUUCCGCAGAAAAUGAACAAACAAGUGUGUUGCUUGUUACAGCACACGCUCAAGGUCACAUAAACCCCAUGCUAAGGCUGGGAAAACUUCUUGUUUCUAAAGGCCUCCAUGUCACUCUCACUACCAAUGACCUCGCCCUAAAAACCCGCUCCUCCACCAUCGGCGGCGUCCACCUUGAGUAUUUUUCCGACGGCCUACCUGACGAUCACGAUCGACUGAAUGGCAAUAUAGACACCUUCAUGAUUUCGAUGGGUAAGUUUGGACCCGGAAGCCUCUCAGCCCUAAUCCGAUCCUCCGGUCGUAAAUUCGCAUGUCUAAUCAACACCCCUUUCCUCCCUUGGGUGGCUGACGUCGCGGCUGAGUUUGAGUUGCCCUGCGCCAUGGUUUGGAUCCAAGCUUGCACAGUCUUUCAUGUAUUUAACUGUUUUUACAAUCGUCUUAACGAAUUCCCAACUGAAAACAACCUUGAUAUGACCGUUAAUUUGCCUGGGCUUCCAUCGCUACGCGCGGAGGAUCUACCGUCGUUUGUUCUUCCGUCGAAUACCAUGUUUACGUUCGAUGGCAUAUUGAAGGAACUCUUUUAUAAUUUGCACAAGUAUAAAUGGGUGUUGGGAAAUUCCUUCAUGGAGCUGGAGAAAGAUGUGAUAACGUCGGUUAAUGACGCCGGCCUUCCAUUUUGGCCAGUAGGACCGAUUGUUCCGGCGACCCUUUUUGGGAAAGAAGACGCCAUUGACGGCGAUCUUAAGGGUUUAAAUAAGUUUAAAUCCACAACCGAGAGUAAUUGUUUGGAAUGGUUAGACAAACAACAGCCGGCGUCAGUUGUUUAUAUCUCUUUCGGAACCCUUGUCUUUUCAUCUGAGAAACAAAUAGAAAGCAUAGCAACUGGUCUGAAAAUUUCGAAAGUGCCGUUUCUCUGGGUGGUAAAGCUGCCGGAAAAUCAAGAAACUCAUCAAUUUGAGAUCUUGGAGGAGAUUAAAGAACAGGGUUUGAUCGUGAGAUGGAGUCCGCAAACUGCUGUGUUGUCACACCCAUCAAUUGGGUGUUUCUUAAGUCACGGUGGGUGGAACUCAAUGAUUGAAAGUGUCACCGCCGGUGUACCAAUGGUUGUUUGUCCACAGUGGACUGACCAGCCGACGAAUGCUAAGCUUGUUACCGACGUUUGGGGCAUCGGGGUGAAACUAAAUAAGAAUCCAGAAGCGUUUUUUGAUGGGGAAGAUGUGGCAAGAUGCGUGGAAGAGGUUUUGACUGGGCCUAGAUCGGAGGAGUUCAGAAAGAACGGGGCGGAGUUGAAAAGGGUGGCUCGUGAGGCAGUGGCAGACGGUGGUUCGUCGGAUAAGAACAUCCAAUUGUUUGUAGAUGCAGUUUCUUCUUGCUCAUGA